AUGCUCGAGAGAAAAGCGCUAGAAUCUCUCUACGAGAAGCAUUGUAAGCGUGGCUUCACGUAUGCCUACGGCACUGCUGGUUUCCGCUACAAAGCGGAUGUUUUGGACACCGUUAUGUUUACCACAGGCGUUUUGGCCGGCCUAAGGUCGAUUUAUUUGAAAGGCCAAACGGUGGGUGUAAUGAUCACAGCGUCUCAUAACCCACCCGAAGAUAAUGGUGUGAAGAUUGUUGACCCUCGCGGCGAGAUGCUGGAGCAAAGCUGGGAAAAACACGCUACUGACUUGGCAAACAGUGCCUCCCAGAGUUUCACAAGUUUUGAACAAAAGUUGCAAGAGCUGAUUGUCAAGUUGCAAUUAAACAGCAAUGCACAUGGUAGCAUCACUGUAGCACGGGACUCUCGUGAAUCUGGACCUCGUUUGUUGACGGCUUUCAAGACGGGUACUCUCGUGUUACCAAACCUUCUGGUUCUCGACCACGGCGUGCUCACUACUCCACAGUUGCAUUUCCUGACCAGCAAAGCCAACGAGCUGCCCAAGAACACUAGCAUAGACGAAAAAUUGUACUAUCAAGAGUUCUUGUCUGCUUGGGAUGAGAUCGCAGAGCUUUGUGGUAUUCAGUCGCUGCCCUACGCGCUGACGAUUGAUGCGGCAAAUGGUGUGGGUGCUCCAAAGGUUAAAGAAAUGCUUUCACAACGUGAGAUGUUCAACAAUACGUUCAGGGUGGUCAACGAUGACUGGAAGACGCCGUCAGCUCUAAACCACUUGUGCGGUGCUGAUUUUGUCAAGACUAACCAGAAACUACCUCAAGGAAUCUCUAACGAUACGCGUGCUGAGCAUAUCAAUUGUUCGUUUGACGGUGAUGCCGACCGCAUUGUGUUCUAUUACUGCGACCUUCAAGGCCAAUUUCAAUUACUGGAUGGUGACAAGAUGGCAACUUUGUUUGCUAAAUUCUUUCAAGAAUUGACGCAAACGGCCCACCUACAAGACGAGUUGGCAUUGGGUGUUGUACAAACCGCCUAUGCCAACGGCAGUUCAACCCGUUACCUUGAGCAAGUCUUGGGAACGCCUGUCAAGUGCACGCCUACCGGAGUCAAACACUUACACCAUGAAGCUGUAAAAUUCGACAUCGGAAUAUACUUCGAGGCUAAUGGCCACGGAACCGUCGUUUUCUCGACCAAAUUUAGCCAACUCGUGGACCAAAAACUCGCGGACGCCUCGCACUCAACUUCUGCCCACAAAGCACUACAAAUUUUGUCAUCCUUUUCUAAGUUGAUCAACCAAACAGUUGGCGAUGCCAUCUCUGAUAUGUUGGGCGUCUUGGCAGUCUUGUCCAUUCUCAAAUGGUCUCCUCAAAAGUGGGACCAAGAGUACACCGACUUGCCCAACAAACUCAUCAAGGUUUUGGUUCCCGACAGAACCGUCUUCAAGACUACGAAUGCGGAGAGACAACUUGUGAGCCCAGUGGGACUUCAAGAUCAGAUUGACGCUCUCGUGGCAAAAUUCGACACCGCAAGAUCUUUCGUGAGGGCUAGUGGUACGGAAGAUGCUGUCAGAGUCUACGCCGAAGCAGCAACAAGAGAGCAGGCCGACCGUUUGGCCUCAGUGGUUGGUGAACUUGUCGAAAAGUAUUGA